AAUGUGAUGAUGUUGUUAGAGAAACAAGAAGCAAAACUGUAGCAUGUAGAACAAAAUUUAAAUCAUCAGCAUUGUUGGUUAAGGAACACUAGAGAAAAUCUCAAGCCAAGAUGGAUUCCAGGAAGACAGAAUCUAACUGCACACACCUCCAGAUUGGUGAAAUUUAGAUAUUCCAUGGAUUGACCAGAUUGUUACUUCAAGAACAAUAUAAUUGCACUUCAGUGCAGCCCCAGACCAUCACUGUGCACAUAAGAUAUGAGUAAACAAAAUAUGGCUGAGACAGCGACCUUCUCCCUGGAGAUGGAUGACAGAAGUGAUGAUGAGAGGUCCCAAAGCAGGAGGCAAAAGAAGGACCGCCUGCUAUCUCCUUCCAACCUGGUCAACACAGGGCAGGAGAGGAUACCUAUGGACAUGGACUACCUGCAUGAAGCGAGGAACACCACUCCCAAAAUCAGAUUCAACUGGAAUUUUAACAAGAAACUGAGGGGGUCUGAAGAGCUUGAAGUACAGGAGAACCUCAAGAAAUUUGAUAUCAAGAGCCUGUUUGCGGCAGUGUCAAGCGGGGAUGUCUCCCAGCUGCAAGGACUAGAGCUCUAUUUGCAUCGUACUAUGAAGCACUUGACUAAUUCAGAAUAUCAAUCAAAUGGUAAAAAUGCCUUAUUGAAAGCACUCCUGAACCUAAAAGAUGGAAGAAAUGAUACUGUAGAGUUUCUCCUUGAUGUUGCGGAGAAAAUGGGAGACCUGAAGGAGUUUGUCAAUGCAGCUUACACAGACAGCUACUACAGAGGCCACACUGCUCUUCAUAUUGCCAUUGAGAGGAGAAGCAAAUACUUUGUGGAGCUGUUAGUUCGGAAAGGAGCAGAUGUCCAUGCUAAAGCAUGUGGGAAGUUUUUCCAGCCACAUGAUGGACCAUCUUUCUACUUUGGUGAGCUGCCACUGUCACUAGCAGCCUGUACCAAUCAGCGAGAUGUUGUGGACUUCCUCAUGGACAAUCCCUACCAAAAAGUGAACAUCACGGAGACAGAUUCCCUUGGCAACACGGUGCUCCAUGCCCUGGUGUUGCUGGCAGACAACAGCGUUGAGAACACAAACUUUAUCAACAGUAUGUACGACUAUGUUCUGACCAGAGCAGCAAAGCUCCACAGUGAGAUCAGACUGGAGGACUUUGAAAACAAAGAAGGGUUGACCCCCCUAAAGCUGGCAGCCAAGACUGGCAAGAUUGGGGUCUUUGAACACAUGAUCCAACGCAAAUUCCAUGAAAAGGAUAUCAAACAUCUCUCUCGCAAAUUCACAGAGUGGGUCUAUGGGCCUGUGUCAUCAUCCCUGUACGACCUGACCUCGGUGGAUUCCUAUGAGAGGAACUCUGCCAUGGAGAUUAUUGUUUAUGGCAGUACAAUCCCUAACAGGCUUGAGAUGCUCCAAAUUGAGCCCUUAAACAGAUUGCUCAAAGACAAGUGGGAGAGGUUUGUGAAAUGGAUAUUUCUCAUCAACUUCCUUGUCUACGUUUUCUACCUGAGUGUCUUUACAGCAGUUGCUUAUAACACUAAGAGGACGCAGGAAAUUUAUUUUGUGGAACAUUCCAGAAAUGGCUACCUGCAGGUCACAGGCCAAGUAAUCUGUGCCCUGGGAGCGAUCUAUUUCUUCUUCAAAGGGUUGUCAGACUUGAGGAGAAAGCAUCCAAAGAUGCAGACAUUGCUGGUGGAUGGAUACAGUGAAAUUCUCUUUUUCAUACAGGCAAUCCUCUUCAUUAUCACAUCAGUGCUGUACUGCUGCGGAAAGCAGGAGUACUUAGGCUUCAUGGUGCUGUGUCUUGCUCUGAGCUGGAUCAACCUGCUAUACUUCUCCAGAGGAUCCAGACACAUGGGAAUCUACAGUGUCAUUAUACAGAAGAUGAUCCUAAGUGAUGUUUUACGCUUCCUCUUUGUCUACAUGGUCUACCUAUUUGGAUUUUCAGCAGCUGUUGUGACUCUUCUGGAGGAACCUGCCCCCAGUCACACCAUUCAAAGCGGCGGCAAGGGCCGUUCUUUUUUCCAACCAGUGAACAACUCCAGUGACUGCAAGAAACCAACUUUCAAAAGCUUCUCUUUCACAACCCUGGAGCUCUUCAAGUUCACCAUUGGGAUGGGAGACCUGGAGUUCACUGAGCAGUAUCAAUACAAGGAGGUCUUCUAUGUGCUGCUUAUCUCCUACAUAGUGUUCACCUACAUCCUCCUGCUCAACAUGCUCAUCGCACUGAUGAACAGGACAGUGGAGAAGCUCUCUGAGGAAAGCAGAAAUAUCUGGAAAUUGCAGCAAGCCAUCACCAUCCUGGACCUGGAGAGGAGUCUACCCUCCUGCCUGAGGAAGCGCUUCCGUUCAGGGGUUGAGAAGGAACUGGGUACAGUGCCUGGAAGGGAUCAACGCUGGUGUUUCAGUGAACAGGUCUGCUGUGACUCCAGUGUGGAGGAGGUCAACUGGAGCAAAUGGAGAAAUGACAUGGGUAUUAUUAAUGAGGACCCUGGGGACCACGGAGUCAUUUUGCUGUCUCCAUCUCAGGCCAGAGGCAGAAGCUGGCGUCAGCUGCUCAGUCGUACACUCCCACAGUGCGAAGAACAUAAUGAGAUUGGGCCUAUAAGGAGCACUGCAGAGUGAAAACCCCAUUCUCACUUUUGGGUCACAUAUGUAUUUUAACUCAAUAUUGUACUUAAAAUUAUGUUUCCAGAGGUAAUAUUUUAUAACCAUAUUGAUGACUGAAACAAAAUCCCUCUUUUUUCUGUAUUACACUCCUUGCACAUAAAUACUGUAUGUUGUUCAUUCAGCAGAAUGGCUAUCAAAUAAAAUAAAAAUGUAUGCUACUUGUGCAUGCGUUUUACACAAUUAUAAACAAAUGUAUAACUUUUGCAAUCAUAAAUAAAUAGUAGCAGUAAUUGAGGUGAUUUACCAGUUAUAUGAUAACAAGAUAUAACAUGUAAUAAUAACAAAAUAGCUAUCGGUCAGUCUAUCCAUCCAUCCGUCCUUUCAUUCAUCUAUCAUCUAUGUGUACAGUUUAUAUUGUUCGUUCAUUAUAUUCUCAAGAGAUCUGUAGCAUCAUGUGAACUUGAAUGUGUACAUGCCUAUUCAGCCAAAAUGUCAAAUG